AAUAUGGAUUCAUGCGAUAUGACAACAUCUCCAUGGAUUUUAAAAUAUGUGGUUUCAUCCACUAAAUUUGUAUUAGGUUCCAAAUUUACAAGUCACUAGAUGCAAACUUUGGGACAUCAAUGGAUUAAUCAAAUAUUCAGAAGUACAGGGGUCCGUUGGUCAUUUUUAUAGAACUGGAAGGGCUUUUAUGUAGUUUAUAUAAAGAAAAUAAUUAAAGAAAAGAGAUAGUGCCCACACACGUGGCAAUAAACACACCUUCUUCCAUUGAAGAUCCGCUGCUCCGGCUAUACUACAUAAAUUGUUCCUCCCUCACGAUGCUCUAUUGUCGCUACCUGAAACCCAACUACACACACUACUGUGUGAGAGAGACAACGAUAAUUCAUAUAGGGAGUUAUAGAAACAGAUAAAGGGAAGUGGAGGAGGGCGACUGAUAAUUGGAGGAGAUGGUAUGUUCGGCUCGACUACUGGAUGCUUCAUAUCCCCUAACGCCGUCGGUUUCCUCUUAUACCCCGGCCGCGUAUCAUAACUCGAGAUACUUAUGUCGAAACCUAAAAUCUACUGUCAGAUGGCGAUCGAAGGCAUCGUCCGAUCCAGAUGCUUCUAUGUUUUCAGCUGCUGCUUCGAUUGAUGCUGACUCAGCGGAGAAAAACGCGGCAGGGUUCUGUAUAAUCGAAGGACCUGAAACAGUUCAGGACUUUGAUAAAAUGGAUAUACAAGAAAUUCAAGAUAAUAUUAGAAGUCGUCGGAAUAAAAUAUUUUUACACAUGGAGGAGGUCCGCCGGCUAAGGAUACAACAGAGAAUAAAAAGUGCCGAACUUGGAAUCUCAGAUGAAGAACAAGAUGGCGAGCUUCCCAACUUUCCUUCCUUCAUCCCCUUCUUGCCUCCUCUGACCUCAGCAAAUCUCAAACAAUACUAUGCCAGCUGUUUUUCUCUAAUUUCUGGAAUUAUUAUUUUUGGAGGUCUCCUUGCACCUACAUUGGAGCUGAAAUUAGGAAUAGGAGGGACAUCAUAUGCAGAUUUCAUUUCUAGCAUGCAUCUUCCUAUGCAGUUGAGUGAUGUUGAUCCGAUCGUGGCAUCAUUCUCUGGAGGAGCAGUUGGUGUGAUUUCAGCCUUGAUGGUGGUUGAAAUAAACAAUGUAAAACAACAAGAGCAUAAAAGAUGCAAGUAUUGUCUAGGAACAGGGUAUCUGGCUUGUGCUAGGUGUGCUAGCACAGGGGCAAUUGUUCUGAUUGAUCCGGUUGCAUCUGCUAACGGUGGAAAUCAACCGCUUUCACCACCUAAAACAGAACGAUGUUCCAACUGCUCGGGUGCAGGAAAAGUUAUGUGCCCAACUUGUCUUUGUACAGGAAUGGCUAUGGCGAGUGAGCAUGAUCCACGCAUUGACCCGUUUGACUAAAAUCAAAUCGGAUCUCACCUCCGCCUGUGACAUAGUAAUUUGAUAGUUCUUACUUUACAUAAGGCAGAUGAAAUCCUUGUGGUCAGUAGUUUGUAUUUGUAUUGUACAACUCUUUAAAUACAUUCUUGCAUGAGUUUUAUAUACUUUAUUAUAUACGACUGUUGUAUUUUUAUUUUGAAUUACAAGGCUCAAGUGUAUACAUUCUGCAAUGAUUCCCUCCUCGUUCUAGUAGAGUCGGGUCAGUUUAAAGUGAUGCAGAAAAGAUCCUGUGAUGCUUUGAUUCGCGCCAAUCACUCUGUGGG